CAAUGUCAAAAAUUAUUUAAAAAAAAAUUCUAACCUCAAAUUGUUACCCAAUAAUGCCAAUUUGUAUCUUUUCUUUAUAAUUUAUUUUCCUAACAUACGGCAAACAAUAUAAAACUAAUAAAAAUGUUAGGACUAAGUGGUUUUUUAUCUAAAACAAUCUCACCGGGACAAAGUUGGCUGAAACAACAAACAAGGAACACAUUUAUUUUGAAACGGCGAUUUCCUCCACCACCUCACAAGCAAGGAGGCAAGGUUCCUAAAAUGAGAGCUAGACACUUCAUAUAUGAUUUGGUUCAAGAUACAAACACACUGAAAAAGCCCGAUAUGACAGUAAUAUUGAAAGAUUUUGUUGAUGGUGUUGGCAAAGCUGGUGAUUUGAUAACUUUGCGUUCGGCAAUAGCAUACCGUGAUUAUCUGUUACCCGGACUUGCAGUUUAUGCAAGUCCUGAUAAUAUUGAAAAGUACAAAAGUGAGACCAACAAACCAAAGCAGGAAAACCAGUACAGUUCACCCUACGUACAUAGAACUAUUGGAUGUUUGUCACGGCUCGUGUUGGAAAUUACGAUGAAUAAACUAGUGCCAUGGACUUUGGAACCCUGGCAUAUUAGGACAUCUUUCCGGAAAGCUGGUUUCGUGGUUCCUGAAGAUGCCAUCGAAAUGCCGCCCGUAACAAUAAAAGGGCCAGAUCUUUCUCUGCAGGAUAAAGAAUUUUACGUUACAGUUACAAUCAAUAAAACCGAGAAAGUGAAUGUUCGGUGUCGUAUUCAUCAUUGGGCAACUGGCUUGGAUAGGCUGCCUUGGACAGAGUACCAUUGGAAAAUUCCCAGAGAACCCCUUAUUCCAGAACAAGCAUCUGUAUUAGAAAAAAUGCCUUUACAGGAGUGAUCAUGUUGUUAUCUAUUUAAGAAUUGUAUAUUUGUAGCAUUCGUAAUUCAGUUAAAUAAAACACUGUGAAGUGACAACAUCA